UGGUAAUGUUAGGAAUAGGAUAGCUAAGCGGUUAUAAAGUUAGUAAACAUGAGUAAAAUUUUUAAAAAGCUGGAAAGAACAUUUGAAGAUGUUACCGACAUAACUGACCCCUCGAGUAUGGAAAAGGUGCUGGCUAUAUUCGAACAAUCUCGACUCGAAGACGACGAAUUUAUGCAGGUCUUAGUAGAUAAGCUACAUGGAGUUGAAGUAACAUGGGAACAACCUCCAUACCAACUGAACGACUGCCUAACUGAGAAGCCACCUCCUGAAGAAGCAGAGCUAUGUGCCAGUGGACGCUUCACGAAAGCAGAAGGUGAAUUAGUUAAAAAAAACUGGAAAAACUUUGUACAACAAUAUAAUGUUCCUGAUAAACCAAUAUGCUAUGCACGGUGGAAGAACCGUAACAAAAAUCCGAAGUAUAAUCCAGAGGGGCGUGCGCGCAGGUAUGUGGCUGCUUACCUCGCCCGAGGACUACACAGGAACCUUUACCAAGUUUUUAAAUAUUUCCGGAGAACUUAUGCAUAUCCAGUGAAACUGGGGAAGCACACUGCCACAGAGGAGAAGAUCAUGGAAAUUUGUUUCUUUCACCAGCCCGAGGAUGCGUGCGUGGUCGCGCCCGUUGUACUGGGCCGCGAGCCACGGGCCAUUCUUAAACAAUUAACUUACUAUUACCAUGGCAAACCUGAGCCAAAGCGAAUCAUCAAAUGGACCUUAGACUUAGCAGCCAAACUGAUUCGUCUUUUGAUUAAAUAUUCUGGAUGUAGUUUCCAACAAUUGAAAUAUAAUACAUUUGACCAACAAGUGUGGCUUAAACUGGGGAAGAAAAUGGGCCAACUUUAUAGAAACUUGCGUGAAUUUUGGUUCGGCAAACUGCAUGUGCAACUGUUUGCUAAGUGUGCUAUAAAAUUAAAGACACUACGUAAAAUUAUUUUCAAAAAGCUGAAAAAUUCACCGUAUGAAGUGUGGUCCGAUAUUCGUUGGAAGGAUUUUGAGAAGGAAUUCCCAGAUGGUUUCACUUACCAGUUCUUGUAUAACGUUGCCAAGGCAUCGUUCCGAGGGCAGCCCAGCUACCGCGUGGCUCCUCUACACGAGGUCAUGGAGCAAGCUGUUGAAAACAACAAACUAAGAAAACAGAAUAGACGGCUAUUAUCGCUUCAAUAUGAUAUAUCUGAUGGGACUCUCACAUUUAUCAAGCAUGAUAUAACUAUGAAACAUCUGAUGAAAGAAAUGUGAAUAAAUAUUUAACCUUUGA